ACUAACACCAACGGAACCUCGUUUGACUAGCACUCGCUGAGCAUACAACUCCCAUCACUACCCAUGCCUGACUUGCCUUAUUAGUUACGAAAGAAGAAUUCAGUUAGCUAUCCUACGCGGCUGCUUCACGACCGUCAACCUUCACCCUUCAUCCUACCCCUCACCAGCCUCUUUUCCUUCCGCCAUCAUGCCCAGCGCUACGGGCCAGAACUGGGAGAAGUACAAGAAGAACUUCGCAGAUGAUGAAGAGCCAGAGAAGAAGAUUACACCGCUAACAGAUGAGGACAUCCAAGUUCUCAAGACCUACGGCGCAGCGCCAUACGCGGCAGCCUUAAAAAAGCUCGAAAAACAAAUAAAAGAGAAGCAAGCAAGCGUUAACGAGAAGAUUGGAGUAAAGGAAUCCGACACUGGGCUCGCGCCACCGCAUCUCUGGGAUGUUGCAGCAGAUAGACAACGUAUGCAAGAAGAACAACCACUACAAGUCGCACGCUGCACGAAGAUUAUACAAGAUGAGAAGGAUCCGGAAAAAAGCAAAUAUGUCAUCAACGUCAAACAGAUAGCCAAGUUCGUCGUGAACCUCGGGGAACGAAUUAGCCCUACGGAUAUUGAGGAGGGCAUGAGAGUUGGCGUGGACCGAAAUAAAUACCAGAUUCUUCUCCCUCUGCCUCCAAAGAUCGAUCCCAGUGUUACAAUGAUGACAGUGGAAGACAAGCCUGAUGUGACCUACGGAGACGUUGGAGGAUGCAAGGAACAAAUUGAAAAACUUCGAGAAGUUGUUGAAAUGCCGCUACUUUCGCCAGAACGAUUCGUCAGUCUAGGAAUCGACCCACCUAAGGGAGCUCUACUCUACGGUCCACCGGGGACAGGAAAGACGCUCUGUGCGCGGGCUGUGGCCAACAGAACGGAUGCCACUUUCAUUCGUGUUAUUGGCAGUGAACUUGUCCAAAAAUAUGUUGGAGAGGGAGCACGAAUGGUGCGUGAACUCUUUGAAAUGGCUAGGACAAAAAAGGCGUGCAUCAUUUUCUUCGACGAGAUUGAUGCGAUCGGAGGGGCCCGUUUUGACGAUGGUGCCGGAGGAGACAACGAAGUGCAAAGAACAAUGUUGGAAUUGAUCACCCAGUUGGAUGGUUUCGAUUCCCGGGGAAACAUCAAAGUCAUGUUCGCUACCAAUAGACCGUCCACUCUUGACCCAGCCUUGAUGAGACCUGGGCGUAUUGACAGAAAAAUCGAGUUCUCCUUACCGGACCUGGAAGGACGGGCAAACAUCCUCCGCAUCCAUGCCAAGAGUAUGUCAGUCGAAAGAGACAUCCGAUGGGAGCUUAUUUCCCGACUGUGCCCGAAUUCGACCGGAGCAGAGCUUCGAAGCGUGGCAACCGAGGCGGGAAUGUUCGCUAUCCGAGCACGGCGAAAGGUUGCUACGGAGAAAGAUUUCCUAGCAGCAGUUGACAAGGUAAUCAAGGGGAACCUGAAGUUUAACUCGACUGCAACGUAUAUGCAGUACAACUAGGACAGGAGGAAUGGCGUUUUUUCCGGGGAAUAGUGGAGGAUUUUGUACUGUACGAUGGUGGAACAAGGCAUAUGGCAAUUCCAUUUCCGGGAAGCGCUGUGAUUUUGAUUCUCAUUUUCUUAGAGCGAUGGCAAUAUAGUAUGUUGUUUUUUGUAGACGUAACAGUAACAAAUGCAUCCAAAAUAUAUGUCACGUGCAUUCUUCACGUGCACGGGCCGGUGUCGGAAAGAUUACCUCUGCACCCGCUGUGAUUGGUUGGCGGCGUACCUCGGAACUGUGGAGAAGCCUGCUUAUAUAAUCAAUUUGUUCACCACCUAACUUACUUCCCUUCCGAAGACCAAACCCAACUUGAGAUGUCCGC